ACAUGGACAUUGUUCUUGCUCCCUCUUCUUGGCAGCUUCUGUGUCCUUAUGACGACGGUAAAAUGGUUAGAUUCCCUAACAACAAUAGCUAGAAUCUUUAUUGUCCAUUUACACUCCCUUUAGUCUUGGCAGGAAAUGGCUUCCUAUGAAUGACGUACAAGUUGCGUUCCUGAGUUCAUCCCCUUUCACCAGGAACGCAGCAAAAACUUCUGAGGCCUAAACGUCUGGGAUAGGACUGAGGAGAGCCUUGUUGUGAGGCCCUAUCCAGGAAUUCCGGAGACCCCUCACGAACGCGGAACGGAUGCGGAACCGCAGGAUGCGGAACCGGAAGCAGCGCCUGGAGACCAGCAUGCAGCUGGUUGAGUCGGCGUCAAGGGCGCCUUCGCUGCUCUUGGAUGCCAUGCGGGGCCUUCAUCGCCAGGACUUGAAGGCCUUUGACCGGGCCAGGCAAGAGGAGAGGCAACACCGGAAGCAGGAGCGCCGGCAGGACCGGGCCACAGCCCAGCUGAUGGUUGACGCCAUCGAACGCUCCCACACGGACCUGGGGGAGUUCUUAGGCAAACAGACGGCCACCAUGGCGGCCAUUGCGGCAGUAUUUACUGGCCAGAGAGCUUCCCCGCAAGGCGCACAUGGUGGUGCUUCCCAGGGAUACAACAACAGCACACCCCUCACUCCUGGUCAUAUGCCAGGUAUGGCUCCUGAGCCCUUGACUGGCCCAGUAACACCAUGUCCACUGCCUCCUAUGGCCACUCCCGGUGGCGUAGGCAACUUGGUCGCUGAACCAACCUCUACGGAUGGACCUCGAGAGGACGCCGUGCCAGACUCGCCCGCGCCUUCCACCUCUGACGCCACCUCACGUACCCUUGACACAGGGCCCGACAGAGGAGCAAAAAGGAAGAUUUGGGAAUGAUGGACGCUGACUCUUCCUUUACUCUUGUUUUCGUUCUUAGUCAAAUGUUAGCGACGUUUCCCAAAAAGCAGGAUUGCCAGGAUGCUUUCCCCCUCUCAGUAUGUUUUUUUUAAAAGAUGUGGAACAUGUCCUUCUUUCAGAUGACAACUCCAGAAUCGCCAGUGGUUCCCAGCCUUGGGUCACCCA